CAUAACACGGAAGCAGCGCCGCGCAGGGGGGAGACGGACAGGCCAGGGGGGGACGCGAGGACGGAGACACGAGCACAGGUGGACACAGGUGGACUCAGGUGGACCCAGGUGCAGAAGAGACAGGUGAAGAGACCAUGGCGCUGAUCCCGUCGCAGGUGCUGCGCAUCGCCAUCCUGCUGUCCUACUUCUCCAUCCUCUGCCACUACAAGGCGCUGGACAUGCCGGCGCACCAGACCUACGGGGGCAGCUGGAAGUUCCUGACCUUCAUCGACCUGGUGAUCCAGGCCGUGUUCUUCGGCCUGUGCGUCCUCAUCGACGUGUCCAGCCUGCUGACCAAGGGGGGCGACAGCCGCGAGCAGGAGCGGCAGCUGAGGAAGCUGAUCGCCCUCCGGGACUGGAUGAUGGCCGUGCUGGCGUUCCCCGUGGGGGCGUUCGUGGUCUUCACCUUCUGGUCCCUCUACCUGUACGACCGGGAGCUGGUUUACCCCAAACUGCUGGACAACUUCAUCCCCCAGUGGCUCAACCACGGCAUGCACACCACCGUCCUGCCGUUCAUCAUCAUCGAGAUGCGGACCACCCACCACAAGUAUCCCAGGAGGCCGUGGGGCCUGGCGGCCGUGUGCUGCUUCAGCCUGGGCUACAUCCUCUGGACGUGCUGGAUCCGCCAGGUGACGGGGAUGUGGGUUUACCCGGUUCUGGAGGCCAUCGCCCCGCUGGCCCGGCUCGUCUUCUUCGGCACCAUGAUGGUGGGAAUCUGCGUCCUCUACGUCCUCGGAGACGUCCUGAACAGCUACAUCUGGGACCUGCCCUGCACAGAAAAGGUCAAAGGUCAGUGACGUCCUGAAGACGAGUCCUGCCGCGCCCACUCAGGACAGCGAGAAGAAACCAGUGACCUCGGGAACGACUGACCUGUGAACGGUUUCCAUAGCAACACCAACGAUAGCAUCAAUGUUGAAACUAUGAACAAAGAGACGUCUUUUCUGUGAUUUUGUUUUUGUUUCUUGUUUUUUUUUAACGCUAAACGGCAUAAAAAUGACCGUAAAAGUACACGACACGUCGACAAACCGCACACACAAGCACAACACACACAGGGAAACAGGGAAAGAAACACACAAACUCCUUCUGUAAUCUGCUUUUUUUUAUAGAAGAUCUGCUCCUUAGCGGGUUGAAACCCUCCGGAGCUUCUGCAGAGCUACUGAAUGUUCCAAAUAUGCUGAAUUAAACAUCAUUAUUAUUAUUAAUUAUUAUUAAUAAUCAUCCCAUGAGACGCCGCAUGUACGGAGAAACGUGAGGUUGUUAAUAAAAUACAAAUUAAA